AUGCUCACACGAGUCAAGUCCGCCGUCGCCGGCUUCAUGGGUGGAAUCAUCGCCGGCGGCGGGUCCGGCGGAGGUUGCAGCCCCGGCUCGGACCUGCCGCUCAAAUUCCCCUAUAUGAGGCCGGAGUUCCUCGGACUCUCCCCGGAUGAGAUCGAGUGCUCCGCGGAUCACAUCGCCCGGCCCAUCCUCAUCUUGAAGGAGACCAGGAGAUUACCUUGGGCUACCGGAUACGCAGAGGUGAUUAACGCUGGGAAGAGCGCUCUGAACGAGGAUCAGGCCUGUUGUGAAGUGGUGGUAGUGCGGCGUCGGCCGAUGAGCUAUUGCCCACCUUCAACGCCUAGCAAAACCCCGACGGCAAAGAGACGCAACUCCCUGCCCAACGGCGACGGUCCAGGGCUUCGCUUGGAUCACAGCAAGCUUGGGGAGGACAAUGAGGGACUUGUGUUUCAUUAUUGGGCCUUGUUUGACGGCCAUGCCGGUUCCGGCGCCGCCGUGGUUGCCUCCCGCCUGCUUCAGCACCACAUCGCCUGCCAGCUGCAGGCAGUCAUCGAGAUCUUGCACAACCUGACAUCUCUGCCGCCCACCAUCUUAGGCGAGGAGCCCGAUGCCAACAACCCCUAUUUACAGGGCAACACGCCGGCUGCCCAGCGCUCCCUGACGCGGGCGGCAUCGCUACGGGGUGCGGCCGGGACGCCGGCUUCUCCUAGCAGCACGCCACCGCCACCACGUUUUUUCACCGAGAAGAAGGUCCAGCAUGAGAGCUUGGUGAUCGGAGCGGUGGAGAAUGCCUUCAAAGAGAUGGACGCACAGAUCGAGAGAGAAAAGCAGGGCUACAACAUCACGGGAGGAUGCACGGCUCUCACUGUGGUCUACAUGCUGGGGAAGCUGUACGUCGGAAACGCAGGCGACAGCAGAGCGAUAAUUAUCAGGAACAACGAGAUUGUUCCGAUGUCAACAGAAUUCACGCCGGAAUCGGAGCGCCAGAGGCUACAAUUCCUGGGUUUCAUGCAGCCUCACCUUUUGGGAAACGAGUUCACGCAUCUGGAAUUCCCACGAAGGGUUCAGCGGAAGGAGGUCGGAAAGCGAAUGCUCUACAGGGACUUCACCAUGAACGGAUGGGCGUACAAAACCGUCGAGGAUGAAGACCUGAAGUUUCCGCUCAUCUACGGCGAAGGGAAAAAGGCGCGGGUGCUAGCCACUAUCGGCGUCACACGCGGUUUAGGCGACCACGACCUAAGAGUUCACGACUCCAACAUCUACAUCAAGCCAUUUCUGUCCUGCCUUCCUGAGGUGAAGGUGUACAACCUCACUCAGUACGAGCACGGCGCGGAUGACGUACUGGUGAUGGGCACGGACGGACUUUGGGACGUUCUGUCUAAUCAGGAAGUCGCCGAGGCUGUCUCGACUUUCCUCGCUAACUGCGAUCCAGAUGAUCUUCACAGGUAUACCAUGGCGGCUCAAGAUUUAGUCAUGCGAGCGCGCGGCGUCCUCAGAGACCGAGGUUGGAGGAUCACCAACGAGCGCUUGGGCUCGGGAGAUGACAUCUCCGUCUUCAUCAUUCCGCUAAUGUAUGGCAACCGUCAGCCCUGA